GGACCGCCGUACGCGACGCACCAAUCAUCACCAGGCAAGAAGGACUCGUCGUCGAUACCAACCCACAGAGUCUCCCUCUCAAAGGGACCAGCCAGUCAUGGCCUCCGUGACCAACCGCAAUCGCCCAGUCCUCGGCUCCUCUCUCUUGGGCCGCGCCUCCUCCCUUUUCAGCCGAGUCCCGCGACCGAUCCUCUUCACAUUCACCUUCCUCACCUCGUCUUACCUCCUCACCACUGUACUCCUCUCCAAGCUUCUGUCCAUCCACAAUAGGAUCAAUGCAGAGUCCUCUUCAAAAGAAGGGCUCAAACAGCGCUUUGAGAGGAACCAGCAGGAUGUAGACUUCACCGUGCUCGCACUGCUGCCAAGCCUCAAGGCGGAGAUGGACAAGGUCAUGGAUGUAGACGCAAUCACCAGGGAGCUCAAGAGCGUAGGCAAAGAGACGCAGCAGGCUGCUGUUGUACCGGAAAUCAAGGCAGAGCCUGCUCAACAGGACACUGAAGCAGCUGCCGCCGCUGCUAUUUCUCAACCUGAAGCGAAGGAAGCGGCCGAGCCAGACGCUCCUCAAGAAGAUGCGGCCCUCCGUGCGGAGCCUCCCUUGGCCUUCGCCCAGUCUUGGCAGGCGGCGUCAGAAGGUGUAUCAAAGUCCUCUGAGCCGGCGCCAUCUGCACUGGACUCCAUCUCGGAACCUCGCCCGGACCCAAUCGCUCCACAUGCGACACUUAACGGCGAGCACGGAGUGGGCGGUACGGUUGCAGUUCAUGAGAAUGGGCAAACAGACGCCAGAGUCGAAGCGAACGGUCAUGCCGAGGGGAUGGAUGGAGAUGUCAAGGGCAGUGAAGGUCAGGUCAACGGGGCUGUAGAAGACAAAACAGACGCUACAAAGGAAACAGAGGCGUCAGACUCUUUGCGAACGAGCGCUUCAACAGAGGCUCAGCAGCAAGAAGACGUGCAAGCGCCCUCAUCGUCCUCUACCAGCCUCCCUCCGCAGCCAACAGAAGACCCUAAAGCGAUUGUCCUCGCCGAGUCACAGCGUCAACAACAGCUCGCUCUCGACCGCAAGCGUAAAGCGGCUCUCUGGCAGCAGCUCAAAAUCGUCACUUUCACCCGCUCCCUCACGGCCAUCUACGCCAUUUCACUCCUCUCUGUGCUGACGCAUGUACAGCUGAACUUGCUCGGACGGUACGCCUAUCUGAGGGAUUUGGCUGGGGUGAAGCAAAAAGAGGCAGAGGUAGGAACGGAGACGAUGAGGGCAUUGGCGAGCGAUCCUUUUGAAGACGCAUGGGCGAGCGCAAAUGGUACUCAAGCCUCUAACAGCUCAUCGCAAACCAAGGAGACAGGCAAGAGCAACAGCAACACCUCGACCAUCUCGGCCGAGACAGAAGAGCGGUAUCUGACCUUCUCGUGGUACCUGCUUCAUCAAGGUUGGAAGGAUCUCAGUGAGCGAGUGAGGGAGAAGGUGGAGAAGGUGAUGAGCAGUGUGCCCCUCAAGACGCAAUUGAGUCACGAGGAGCUCACUUCGAUCCUGCGGCGGAUCAGACGGCGAAUUGAAUACGACUACGAGAGCGAAGUAGACGAUGGGGAGGCUGCCGAUGCCCUCGCCUCUCCUUCAAGCUCCAGCGCUGCCGCCCCUCCAUACACUUUCCCAGGUGGACACACUCUCGAUGCCUCUACCGGCAGUAGCAUGUCCCUCGGCGCCGAGUCUUUAAUGCCGAAUGGCUUUUCCGUCCUUCCAGAGGAAGCCAAGAGCGAGGCUGGAAGCAGCAGCAGUAUGAGUGGAAGCGGGACACUUUCCGUCACUACCAAUGGGCGGGGGAGCGUGAGCGGAAGGCGCAGGAGACGGAGACGGACGCGCUUUGAUCUGCUGCGAGCGUAUCUGCUCCCAGCGACACCAGAGGGGGAUGUAGCUCUACUCCGCAAUGCUGGACUUCUUCCUAGCGACCUCACCUCCCAGGGCAGGGACGUAGGGCUAGAGGAGAGGGAUCCCACUCUCGGUGCUCUUCUAGACGAGACGCGGGACAUCAUGGAGUCUUCCGACGCGCAAGACGUGAGCAGAAGAUGUCUCGAGACCUGCUUCGAAACACAGUUGCUGGACGCGCUCCGUACACCUUUUGGACUCAGCCCCCUUCCACCCUCUGCUGCAUCGUCUUUUCCCAAUGACUUGCAAGCCCCGAGUAAUAGCAGCAGUAGCGGCAGCGGUAGUGGCAAUAAGGAUCCUCAUGCGACCUCUCGCGCAGGCUCUGCAUCUACGGGAAGGUUCAGCGAGAUUCUCACCGCUCAGCAGGAGGCGGAGAUCCGCAAUGACCCAAGUGGGACCAUUGGGAGGAGGCUCAAGCUCGCAGCAGUCCUACCGCUGCUGGCUAGUAGGGGCACAUUGGCUUUUGAUGCGAUGCCGAAUGAGAUUGUCGAGACAAUCGCAGCGAACAAGGACCUGCAAGCCCUUUCGGCCAUCAUCUACACUUCCUUCACAGGGGACUGCUUGUAGUCUGCUGGGAGCGUGGGCCGGGGCCGGGGCUGCAUCGUCGAGCGUCUCUUGAACGUCUCUUCUCUUUGAAGGGGGAGGG